UUCCUUGUCAAUCUUGGAUGCUCGAAAUCUCCAUUUCGCCACGCACGACCGAAGCAGAACGCCAGCGCGGUCGCAGCAGAGCGCGAAGCGAGGAGGGAUGGACGAAGAAACCGGUGGGCGAUCGAAGAAGCGACUCCUCCUCGUCCUCGCCGCGAUCUCUCUUCAGUCGCUCUUAGGUCUGGCUGAUGACCCAUCAAGUUCAAAUGUAGUAAAAGAUGAGACUAGGCCCUCUAGUUCCAGUAAAAUGGACCGGGAAGUAUUUUUCAUAUGCUUGGUCGUUGCAGGAGUUGUGCUUUGUUCUGUCUUACUUUUCAAGCUCUGGCAGAAAAAGAAGAGGGAGGAGCAACAUGCUCGUCUGUUGCGACUAUUUGAAGAGGAUGAUGAGCUAGAGCUCGAACUUGGUCUUCGGGAUUAAAAAGCAUGUGAUGCAACUGUGUGUGCUAUUCUGGCAGAGGUAAUAUUGUUGUGGUAAAUUAUGAUGAUCACGGUGGGGGGUUAUGGCUGAACUUGGAGUGAGUUUCUUUUUUCAUCAGCAGUUGCAUACUCGUGCACCAGCAUUGAGUUAGUUUUUGAGAUGUAGUUUGUUGCCAUUAUUAGCCAGAGCAUUUGCACAUGUUAAUAAAAUCUAGUGAUGCUUUGUGACUAGCAUUGUAUGUCAUCAUCCCUUAUUCAAUGUAUGGAGUUUGAUACGGAAGGCAAGUAAUGAUAUCAGAAAAUUUGUUCCGUGGUA